AAACGACCAAGUUUUGACCAACUCACUCACCGUCGACAACCACGCUCGACGGCAGUCUCCAGCCUCUAUUCAACUAUUAAUACCCAGAAAGGCAUGCACAGAAUCGCCCGAAGGAGAUUACGGCACACGGCUCGGGAGUUUGAAGAUGGGUGAGAACGCCAAUGAUUUGCUCGCAGAGCUUGAAAAAAGCUAUUGUCCCCCGCUAGACCCUGCGUUGUUCACUGCUAUUACCUCCGAUUUUGACCUAACGGACCCGGCGCAGGUCAAGCAGCUCCAAGACACACUCGACACCUUGAAAUUGUCGGCAUGGGAACAAGAAGACCUUCCGUUUGAUCCAUCUGGGACCAGUGGUACCCAACCACUCAAUGGCCUCGAGAACGAUGGGGCAAUGUCCGAGCCGGGCGCGUCGCAGUAUGAGAGUACGCAGUCGUGCGAGACUGAUCUCACCAGCCUCGCAUCGGACUUUUCAUUCUCGCUGAGCGUUGGGGAGAAACAACGCGCGGGGUACAAUAAUAACAAUACUAGUAACAAAAAGCAAGCGUCUGGCCGAGUAGGAGGGAGUCAGGAUGACCGGAUCGACUAUUUGGCGGAAAUGUUCCCGUCAAUCGACCUCUACACUAUCCAACACACACUUAGGAAAUGCGACAAUGACGUGGAUCGCUCGAUGGAUGUUCUACUCAACAUGACUUUCUUCGACGAACAGCAACCGAGCGAGGAUGGGGACCAAGUUGCCAUACCCAAGGGGAUCGACGGGUUUGGUGAGAACGCCGUCGCGGGUGAUAUUGGUCGCAGAAAGGGUCGAAAACGGAAAACCAAGAACAGCCGUGCUAAUUCUCAGUCGCAGCCUUUCCUGGAGGAAGAGAACAGCAAUAGUAGUGCAGCUAAUAACAAGUGGAGAACUGCGCAGAAUGAUAUCGAGUUUAUUCUCGCGCGAACGGCCCCUGUUCUCAAGAAAGAGACCGUCGCAUCUACUUACCAUGCCCAUGGCGCCUCGUUAUCCGCUGCUAUACGAGCCUUAGCAACGGCCAAUAAGCCCCAGGCGGAGCAUUGCAUUGGCGAGAAUCCUGUUCUGGCAGCCCAGGUGGCCGAGCUCGCGCAGGAGUUUUCUUCGGUGCCCCUAACUACCCUCGCGGGGCUGCUAACGAUCAGUCGGAAUUCGAUCUCAGCUGCGAAUGAGCUAGCCGCGGCCAUGGUCCGUCGCCCAGCCCCUGCUUCCCUGUCUGAUAUAAUCAAGUUUUCAACCCCUUCAGUCACGGCGGAGGUAGAUGUUGAGACACCGAGGCCUCCGCGGGCUCGGACGGUGCAGGACUACGAGAGCGUGCGCACAGCUGCCCAUUCACACUUUGAUGCAAGUUCUACGGCCUUCAAUAAGGCUUCGGCCGCUUAUCGACGCGGGAAAUCCGACCGCCUAAUGGGCGCGGCGGCGGCGUAUUACUCUUCUGUCGGACGUGAACACCUUGAAAAGGCGAAGCGAAACGCCUCUGCUGCGGCGGAUGCGUGGGUCCAUGGCCAGUCGACGGCGGACACGUUAGAUCUGCACGGGGUGUCGGUGCAGGAUGCGGUGCGGAUCGCUAGCGAAGGAGUGGCCCUCUGGUGGGAGUCUCUGGGCGACGCCCGGUACAUUCGCGGCGGCAACUCUUCGGCUCGUCAAGGGUAUCGAAUCAUCACUGGUGUUGGACGUCACAGCCAUGACGGCACGUCACGAAUCGGCCCGGCCGUGGGCAAAAUGCUCGCACGCGAAGGAUGGAAAGUCGAGGUGGGCGAGGGGGUCCUCACAGUGAUGGGGGCUCGGCAGUGAUAGCAUGG